AUGCCUUCUAUCCCCCACCGCCGUAAUGUUGUCUGCCGUUGUGCUCCAUGUAGCAGAAAUUCACAGGGAUACUCAUUGGUGACAAGCAGAACCGCUGAGCGCCAUAUUAGAAAAGAUGAGCUUGAGAGAAUCGAGAGACUGGAUAUGGCUGAAAGAUUGGCAAAUACUGUGCAAGAAGAACAAAUGAUGGACGUUGAUACCCAAUACGAUCAGGCCAACUCACCUGAUUCGAAUGCCGCCACAAUGGCUGACAAUGUCUCGGUAGACGAUGAGAUCAGCGAGGUCAAUGGCAAUGACUCUGACAUUGAAAGAGACAUAAACUCUGACUCUGGCAGUGGUGAAGAAGAAGGUGUCGAGACAGACGUUGAAGAGUUUGUUAAUGAAGACCCAUUUGAUGCUCCUAACAUGCCUGAAAACCCUGUCCAUCAGUUCAUUGCUACCUUUGCCAUUCUUUUUAUCUCACGUUAUGUUGUUAACAAAGGUGCCGCCGUAUUGAUUGAAUUUAUCAAUCAGUUACUCAAGAUCUACGGCGAAGAUUUCCAAUUACCAACAAGUCUUAUUGGCCUGCAAAGAAUGACUGGUUUUUCCAAUUACGCCAAUGGUAUCAAGAAGUCUGUUGUAUGUGAAGACUGCCACAAGGUUUACGAACAAGAUGUGCCUCUCCCUACUCAUUGCGACUUCAAAAAGCAUGGUUCUCAAUCAGCAUGCAAUUGUGAAUUGAUGAAGGUUUCAUCUUCUGGUGCCAUGGUAGCCAAGCGAUCAUACGUCUACAACUCUAUUCAGAGAUCAUUACAAUCCUGGGUGCCAGUGUAUUCGCCUAUCUUGUUGAAGGCCGUCCUGCCAAUUGAAAUGUUCAUAAAUUGGAUCAGUUUUGUUGAUGCCUGCCGCCAAUUAGUAAAGCCAAGCAUCACAUUCUCUGACAUUGACGACGGCCAUAAAUUUCUUCAAGAAUUCUGUACUGAGUGCCAGCGUAUUUACACUCCAACUAUUCUAACCUGUAACAUGCAUUUACAUCUCCAUCUUCGCGAGACCAUCCGUGAUUUUGGACCAGUAUAUGGAUAUUGGCUCUUCAGGUUUGAGCGAUAUAAUGGUCUGCUAAAGAACGUGAAUACAAACAGAAAAGAUUCCUUUGAGGUUACAUACAUGAAUAGUUUCGUCCAAGAUACAUUCAAAGGUGAUUUCGUUCAUGCUGCUCUCACAUGCCCAAGCCAAGUACCGUUUCUUCCUCUUCUCGCCAAGCUUACUGCCACAGCUCAACCCUCCACUUCAAAAAAUACAAUAACUUUUCCCCAGCGCCCGUUCAGACUAUCAGCCUUCAUCCAAGCAUACUCAAACCCUUCUCUUCCAGUCCUUGGCAAUGAACCUCUUCCUCCAUCCGCAUUUCCUCUCCAUAUCGAACCCCCAUCAGCAAUGAGUGAUGUCGACUAUCCUCAUUUGCUUGAUUACUAUAAAGUCGCAUACUGCAUGCCAAAUCUUGAAGGUUACCAGCAUCCCUCCUCUCCAUUCUCCUUUGUCGACAACCAAAUCAUAAAGUUGAAAUCAAUCAAUUUGCUUGGUCAGGUUUACAAAGGCUGCAAAUAUGCUUCUGGUCGCGGCUCAUUUGUUCAAUCUCUGUUCCUUGGAAGUCAAGGCAAUAAUUGGUUGGCAUACACUGGCCAAAUUCAGUAUCUGUUCUUGCACUCUUUCACUCCACCAGUAGACAACACAGAGCUCCAAACACGUGUCGUUUAUCAAGAUAAACACGUGUUUGCGUUUGUUAAGUGGUUCCAGAUUGAGCAUGACCGUUCAAGAGAGUUGGAAAGUGUUGACAUCUGCAGUGCAGAUUUUAUUGCGUGUGAUUUUGAAUGCAUCUUGCCAGUACAUCGAAUAUCAUCAGUUGUUGCAACAUGUGAUUAUAAAACCAGCACAAAUAAUAAGAAAAUACUUGUCAACGCUUUACCACACAAACAAUACAAUUAA